GGAUGGGUGACACUGAAGAGUUCCAGCUCCUGGAUCCUGCACUGCAGAAAGCAGCAGUGAAUGUGAAGAAAAAGGAGACGUUGAAAAAAAAGGUGGAGUGCAAGGAAGAGAAGGAGAAGAAGAAACGAAAGCUCAUGGCAAAGCACAAACACUCAGAAGAGCCAGAUGCCAAGGAUCUGGCCUCGCUGCGGCAGUGCCUGGGACCUGGCUGUGUGUAUCCCACCCGGCCAGGCUCCAAGUACUGCUCAGAUGACUGUGGCAUGAAGCUGGCAGCUGCCCGCAUCCAUGAGAUUCUGCCCCAGCGCAUCCAGCAGUGGCAGAUGAGCCCCUGCAUUGCUGAGGAGCAUGGCAAGAAAAUGCUUGAGCGCAUCCAUCGUGAGCAGCAGGACACUCACGCCCGCCUGAAGGACAUGGAGCGCAAAUUCUAUGAACUUGAGGCCAUAAUUCUGCGUGGCAAGCAGCAGCCUGUGUGCAAGAGUGAGGAGACCAGCAAAAGUAACAGGAACCACGCAAACCUGCAGAUCUUCUGUGUCUCCUGCGGGCAGUCAGUUAGCCACCAUGUCGCCCUGCGCCACAUGGAACACUGUUUUGUCAAGUAUGAGCGCGACUUCUCCUUUGGGUCCGUGUAUCCCACUUGCAUUGAAGGGGCCGCCAGGCUCUUCUGUGAUGUUUACGACCCAAAGAGUAAGAGGUACUGUAAGCGGCUUCAGGUGCUGUGUCCUGAGCACUCGAGAGAUCCCAAGGGAUCAGAUGAUGAGGUGUGUGGUUGCCCACUAGUGCAGAAUGUCUUUGAGUUCACUGGUAAUUUCUGUCGCCUCCCUAAACGCGUGUGCAACCUCCACUACUGCUGGGAGAAGCUGAGGCGUGCUGAGGUGGACCUAGAGCGUGUUCGCACG